AUGUGGGGUGUAAACAAGCCUAAUGCAGCAUGUGGUGGUAUAAACAAGCCUAAUGCAGCAUGUGGUGGUGUAAACAAGCCUAAUGCAGCAUGUGGUGGUGUAAACAAGCCUAAUGCAGCAUGUGGUGGUGUAAACAAGCCUAAUGCAGCAUGUGGUGGUGUAAACAAGCCUAAUGCAGCAUGUGGUGGUGUAAACAAGCCUAAUGCAGCAUGUGGUGGUGUAAAUAAGCCUAAUGCAGCAUGUGGUGGUAUAAACAAGCCUAAUGCAGCAUGUGGUGGUGUAAACAAGUCUAAUGCAGCAUGCGGUGGUGUAAACAAGCCUUAUGCAGCAUGUGGUGGUGUAAACAAGCCUAAUGCAGCAUGUGGUGGUAUAAACAAGCCUAAUGCAGCAUGUGGUGGUGUAAACAAGCCUAAUGCAGCAUGUGAUGGUGUAAACAAGCCAAAUGCAGCAUGUGGUGGUGUAAACAAGCCUAAUGCAGCAUGUGAUGGUGUAAAUAAGCCUAAUACAACAUGUGGUGGUAUAAACAAGCCUAAUGCAGCAUGUGGUGGUGUAAACAAGCCUAAUGCAGCAUGUGGUGGUGUAAACAAGCCUAAUGCAGCAUGUGGGGUGUAA